AUGGGGAAAGCGGCACUCAAGAGGUCAGGGCUCCUACCUGAGACCGUCGCCUGUGGCCGCGAGGUGUUCGACGCAGGGUGUUCUUUGAUGAGCCAGCAUGAUCUUGAGAAGGUCAUGCACGACCUUGCCGUCGAAACAGCCGCCGAGUUGGAGAUGAUCGACAUCUUUUCUGCUAUCGAAUCGCUUGGGAUCAAUGACGAGGACGUCGAAGCUCCUGCAGCUUUGAUGUCUACCCCGGUCAAGCGGCGCAACUACACGGAGGAACAAGACCUCAUGCUGCUACGGCAAGUUGCGUUGGACAUGCCGUUCCUCGAACGGCGGGGCUUGAUCAUGGACAAGUGGGGGUCACUGGCCGCAGUUUUCGCGGCGCGCAUGGACUUUGGACGGCCGGAUUGCAAAAAGGCUUGUAAUAGGUUCAGCGCCUUGCUGUAG